AGAAGUCUAAGAUGAAUGGCUGCAGCAGCAGAGGCUUGCAACUCUCUUCUCACUCUUGCAGCUACCAAUAGCUAGUGUUCUAGUGCAGAGCUAACUACUAAGUAGAGCAGCAACACUACAUGGACAAGUUUUGCUACGUGCUCUUCUGAAAAGGCUGCAAUGGCAUUCCAAGUUGGGAGCAGUAUCUCUGUGACUGGACUCCUUUCGGAUGGCCCUCACCAUGAAUGCAGUGGAGGGUGUCGUCAGUGUCUCAGGAAUAGGGGAUGGUUGGUGGCCUUGCAAAAGUCUACCAUCACAUCCAUCCUCUUCUUGGAGCUCAUCCCCUGUAUAUAGUGGAGAGACAGACGGUGCUCAGUAUGGGGUACAAAAAUCUACAAUGAACAUGCAGGUCAUACAUUCAAUGAAGUUUUGUUGCUAGGUAACCGCCAUCAAUUUUUAUAAGGUUUUGAAACCAUAGAUAUUAAUGAUGCACAUCCGGCUAGAAUACCUACUCUGCACAUAAUCACUAUAAUCAAGGGCUAUAAUCUAAAACACCCAACAAGCACAUGCACAAAUAACUAUUCACUAUAGUUUGUACACUCCUGUAUAGUUUAAUUGCUAACAAGUCACUAUAUAGCUAUGGCUGAGAGACAAGAAAGUGAACAAGAGUACAUAUUCAGAAAUGUUCAACUCUUUAAGAAUGAUAUCCUUGGUACUGGCUCCUACGGGGCAGUGUGUAAAGCCAAGUGUGACCAGCUACCCUGUGCUGCCAAGCUACUCUAUCCAGUGCUCUUCCAAAUGACUGCUCCAGAUCCUGGUAAAGAACAUAGACACCCGUUUAGAAGAUUCGAAACAGAGUGUGCAUUUCUGAGUCGUAUCAACCACCCUAACAUUGUACAGUACUUGGGGACCUAUCGCGAUCUCGAUACAAAUGCACCAGUUCUUCUCAUGGAGCUCAUGGACGAGAGUCUGACGCACUUCCUGGAGUCAUCACCUGGAGACAUUCCAUACCACAUCCAAAUCAACGUAUGCUAUGACAUAGCUCAAGCACUUGCCUUUCUCCACUCCAAUGGGAUCAUCCAUCGCGAUCUCUCCAGCAACAAUGUCCUACUGAUUGCAGGCAGUCGAGCCAAAGUCACCGAUUUCGGAAUGUCCAAAUUCACGGACAUAAACGUCUCCCGACUAGCCACAAUGACCACAUGCCCGGGAACACCAGCCUUCAUGUCUCCCGAGGCACUAAACGAACCACCAGUGUACACAGAGAAACUAGACAACUUCUCAUUUGGUGUGCUUCUAGUUCAGACCACAACUCGACAGUUUCCAAAGCCAACAGAUCGAUUUGACACUGUUCAACUUCCUGAUCCACGAAGUCCAGGUCGCACAGUUGAAGCUAGAUUGCCGAUUCCAGAACUGGAAAGACGAGAAGCACACAUGAACCUGAUUGAGCCAACCCACCCUCUACUGCUGAUUGCUCGUCACUGUCUCAAAGACAGAGAUGUUGAACGGCCAUCUUCCCAACAGCUUUGCCAAACACUAGAUGCUCUCAAGAGGACACAACGGUACGAGGAAAGCUCCCAACAAGACCUGCACCAGAUGCUUAGAGAACAACUACAAGCAAAUCAACAGAUUUUAACUGAGCAAAUACAAGCAAAUGAACAGAUUACAGCAGAAAAUCAAGAAACAAUAACACGUAACAAUGAACAGUUAUAUACAAAAGACAUUGAAAUUUGUCAAGUCACUACAAGACUGGGCCAAGCAAUGCAAAAAAACCAAACACUUCAACAAGACAAAGUAACCCUUCAACAGGAGGCUGAAGCCAGGGAGAGACAGCUGAGGAGACUCAACCAAGAGUUGCAAUUAAGUGAGGGGAACACUGCUGCCCUCCAACAAGCCAUCGAUCAACGAGACAGAGAAGUGACUCAACUGAAACAAACGUUGGAAAGCAAAAACGAGGAAAUUCACGAUCUAUCGACUCAAAUGCAUCAAGUCGCACUGCAAGAUGAGCAAGCUACAUCAAUGAAACCUGUUACAAUAGAAUCACUACCUGAUGCACCUGUUAGUAUGGGGUAUGGAUCAUCAUCAGCCGUAAUUAGAGACGAGGCAUACUUUAAUACAUACGGACGUAAAACUAUUUAUGCGUUCAGCAACAAUCAGUGGUACAAGUUACCACCUUGCCCUAACAAAGAGUUCACUAUCGUCAGUGUUGACGACAUGCUCACAACUGUGGGGGGGUGGUCAGACACACAAAAGUAUAGUAACAAACUCUACACCUACUUUAAUAACAAAUGGGACGAACACUUCGCUCCCAUGCCAACUGGACGGAGGAGACCAAGAGCUGUGUACGAUAACAACACACUUGUAGUGACUGGGGGAUGGUGCGAUCCAAAAUAUUUAAAUACAGUCGAAAUACUAAACACUGCUAACAUGCAAUGGUCUAUUGUUAGCUCACUACCUGUACCAACCGAUAACCCAUCAACAACGAUCUGUGGAGACUAUGUGUACAUGCACCCACGAACUAGUGAUGCUGAAGAGAAGUAUUCAGUGUACAAAUGCUCAUUAAGACAACUAAUUCGGUCCCAGCCAAGCUCAGCUAUAUGGGAGAAAAUUUCCCUUUUGCCAAUUUACUAUUCCUCUCUUAUUACCAUCAAUGGCCAUCUGCUGGCAGUGGGUGGGCUGGACUCCAAAGGAGAUAACACUAAGGACAUAUAUCAGUACAACGAGACAUCAUGGAUUGUUAUUAGUCAAAUGUCGAUAUCUCGAGCAGCAUGCCUUACUGCUGCCCUCCCCGGGAACAAACUGAUGGUAGUGGGUGGAGAUCGUACAGAAAGAAAAUGUGAAACAAUUACUUUUGUAUAGUACUUAACUAGUUCUUUAUGUCUUAUUAUAGUACGCUAUACAACAUUAUCAGAUAUGAUAAUUAUGUUGAAAGUUAUCAGCAUAACA